ACCAGUACUGGCACGGUACUCCGGACCACCGGGUCGCACGAACAUCGCGCCGUUUUCAUCGGGAACCGUUUUCACCGGAUAUCGAUAUCCGUGUUUACGCGACAGCGCAUCGACGGCCGACGUUCGACUCGGGUUUAACCGGAUCUGAACACGAUUUUCGACCGGGUGCAAUACGAUCCAGCGCUGGAUCUGUGGCAAGUCAACGCAUCACGACGGUACAUCCUUUCGGUUUUCCCGUGACAAAUGUCUCUCCUUUAACAUUCCUAAUGCACGUUCCUUCAUUUAUUCCGAUUCGUUACAAUUCACGUGAUUUUCGAUCGGUCGCGCACGAUCCAGCCCUGGAUCCGUAGCAAGAUAACGCGCGAUAAGCACCCUUUGACUUUUCUUUUAACAACUUUCUCUCAUUUAGCAUCCCUAACUCAUGUCCUUUUUUCUUUUUUAAUUUAUUGUAAUUUGUUAGAAUUUACUCGUUUUUCGAAAGAUUGCAUACGAUCCAAUACUAGAUCCGUGACUCGCCCGAGUGAACGCGUCACGACGGUACGUCGCUUCGAUUUUCCUAUGACGAAUUUUCCUCCUUUCGCAUCCCUAACAUAACGAUUUAAUCUAUCUUAAUUUGUUUAAAUUUAUUUGUGUCCCGUUAUAUGACGUGAAAGUUUCCAAAGGAUCGAACAGAUCUAGCGGAUUAGAAGGAGCGUUUUUGUUUUGAAACUUCAAAGUUUCUUUCCAAUUCGAAUGAAUGCCUUAACGAUCGACGCGAGGAAACGGCACACCUCUCUGCUGAUACGCUUGUUAUGGUGUAUAACUUGUUGCUCGGUCCUGCACCAGUCGCUUGGAUCGCUACUGUGAUUUUAAAUAAAUCGCGAGUCGAGUGUUUGAAUAUCAUGUUACCAGCAGUCUCGUACGCUAUUCCUGUGAUCUAUCUAUUCUUUCAUUUUUGGAGGGCCAUUUAUGGAUUCUCGUUGAGAAGUUCGAUAGAAGGUGCGAGGAGAGGAGGAUCGACGAGACAACGAGGAAGGGAAGAAUCACAGGGAGUUUUCCUCGUGUUAGACGAACCCUCUCGUUAUUUGCGGCUUAGGAUGACCGAUAGCAAACACGCUCGUUCUAUCUUCGAUAUUUGCUCAUUGGAUUAUACGCUUUCCCUUCCCCCCUGCUUCUCCUGAAGGUCCAAGGAAGAUCGAGUUUCUGUCGAUCGAAGGUUCAGUGACACGCAAACAUUCGCACCUUUGUUGGCAUUUGGGAACUCGAAACUCCUUUACAGUUUCAACUUCAACAAAGAAAAGAAAGAGAAGGAAAAAGAGGAAAAACGUAGCUGAACGUUUCUCUCGUUCUCCGAUUUGCAUACUACUCCAAAUGGACAAACUACUCGAAAACUUAACUGCACGGAGAAAUUCUUGAGUUGUUCCUUGAGAAAAAAUAAAAAUAAAAAUAAAAGAGAAGACAAGAAAUUGGUGUCCAUUCAAACAUAGCUCGAUAAUGGAAACAAAUUGGCAAGUCUCGGAGACGAGUGUCGUAUCUUUACGAUUCCGUCGCUCGUUUCCUGUUUUUCAUCCUGUGUUUCGUCUCAAUCGAGAAGUUUAGAGAUUCGUGGAUCAGAAAUACUCCCACGGAAAUGAAGUUUCUCUGAGCCCUGGUUCUCGUCAUUUCUGCAUGCUCCUGUGGAAGAGGUUAUUCGCUUUCACCAACGCGUUUCAAUGUCCAUCUACGUCAGGGGAAUAAAAGGUGCAUGCGGAGAAAACGGCAGUGGCUGAUCGUCGCUUCGAGGUGAGAUCGUCACGGGUUUCAAUUUCACGCGUGGAAAUAUCGUGGGCCGUAACUCGCGUGCUCUUUCUUCUAUCUCGUUUCUCCUUUCUGGCUUCCCUUCGUCAUCCCCCUUUUGUUAUUCUCGCACUCCGCGGGGAGAAGUCGAUCCCCUCGUGACCGAGCCCGCCGACAGAUUGAAUCUUUCGUUCGCAGAUCUCUCGUUCGUUGGCGAACGCAGCCCGAAAAACGAAGGGAUCUACUCGGGAAAAAAGAGCAGUCCACUUUUCGUUUCAGGCCGAAUGCCGCUUUAUCGUUGCGUUGUUUCUUCCCCCCUUUCAUCCCUGUCACUAUUUUAAAAUGGAAAUCCGGAAUUUUAUCGCCGCUUCUUCCGCUCUAAAUUUUGUCUCGUUGCCUUCUCUGCUUUUCCGUAUAAGUUAGUGUCCUUUAAAGAAUAGAGGAUGGACGUUCAUUUUACACGAUAGAAAGUUCCAUCCUCCACUCGGCUUUAAUCCUCUUUCCUCCUUCCGAAAGAUUCGAUUUCGAGAUUUAGCCGGCCGAUAAAUUGAAUUUGUUCUGAAUUGUCCACCGGAAGGGAUGUUACCUCUUCGGUCAGCAGAGGUUUUGCCAUCGUUUCAUAUCGCGGUGGGAACGUUUGAUGUCGUAAAGCAGGAUGUGCAUUAUGAUCGAAUUGGUAGCAUGCGACCGUGUGUCCACGGAAAUCGCGUUAUCAUUGGAAUUCCGGAUCUCCUUGGGCCGGUUGUCACCGUGAAUCGCCAUCGAAAUCGUUUUCCACGUCACGCCUUUGAUCGUGAGCUCCACGCUGAAAUCUAAAUUCUACGAACCACCGAAUUUCCAGCUAUUUCUCUGAUCACACUGAUAUCAGACCGAUUCCUAGAUCCAGUCAGCUGACAAAUUGAAUUUUUCUUGGCUGUCUCUCCGGCUGAAACGGGCGUUUCCCUUUUAUUUAUUAAAAUCCCUACGAUCUGACCGAGGAUCUCCUUUCGUUUAACCAAUGGCAGAUAAAUCGAAUACAGCAAACAGCUGGAUCAGGGCUGUACGGUUUCUUGGUUCGCUUCGAAUCGUCUGGAAUCGCUCCGAGAAUUAAGCAAUUACGGUUUCUUUCGACCGGCAUUAACCAGACCUCGAUCAAUUCUCGCUCCCUGCCGCUUCUUUUUCUCGUCCAUCUGAUUCCAAACUAUUUCUAAAGCUCUCCCUCUCUUUCGCUCUGGACCCGACUAACCGCAACAACAUUGUCUAGAGUUUUCCCAUUAAAGAGACACGUCGCUGCUGUUUGCACGCGAUGCACUGCUUCCUCAAAUCACCCUGGGCGGACUCUGCUAUUCACGCGAACAGACGAUGACACGCGUCGUAAUUACGGGAUGGUAUUUACGUUUACUAGUUCCAGUUCCACUGCAACGUUUCGUUUGAUGAAACAAACCAUUGUUGUUCCCUGUCACCUGAAAGCUUCGAACCUUUGUAACACGAAGUCGACGAUUAAUCGAAAAUUCGCACAUCAGAUGGCGAAAAUCGAUCUUAUCAGAAUCUUCUUAAGCCAUUAAAUGGUCCCUUACGAAGUUGAAACAAAGCCAGAGCGAGACACGAAAACUUAUUAUUAUUCAUUUGUUUCGUACGGUGAGCGAUAGAAAUAUGGCUAUUCGUAUUAAAUAAAUUCUUGCUAAAUUAUAUAUAAUUUAUCAGAAAUAUUUUCUAACUUCUAUAUUUAUUUUUAGAUUUAUUCAAAACUUUGCCAAUAUAAUCAUGAUAGUCGAGUCUUGUCACAACGAGACUAAUGAAAUUGCAGAAUGUUUCGCACAAGACACGCGAUACAUCGUCGUUUGCUGCCAUCUGAAAUCUUCGAACCUUUCUGCCACGACUUCGGCGAUUAAUCGAAAAUUCGCGUAUUUGGCGACAGCUCUUGUUCUCAUUAAGCUUUCUCGUUUUCUCUGACGUUCCGAUUGUUCGAUUCUAUCUUCGAUAGAUUUCGUAUCUACCAAAAACUCUAUCUGCCAAAGACAGACCAUCCGGUCUGCCGCCUUCCCUUCGUUUCGAUUCCGUAGAAUAUUUGAUCGCGAAACGAAGGAAAUGCAUCGACUUCUAACGAGCCUAUAUUUCCUUAGGCAGUUUCCUUUCCUUCUCUUGCUAAGGUGGCGAGAAAAUUUCUCGAGUUGCAGUUUACUGGGUCAAUGGUGAGCAUUAUUCGACCGGUUGGUCAUUCUGUGACUUCCCUUCGCUUCUUUUAUCGAUAUGGCUGGAUGGGAAUCGAUGGACUAUGAAGAAAUUGAGAAAGUAAUUCUAUUCUCUACGAUAUUAAAAGAAUGAAAUAGUAUUCGAAUCCUUGCUGACAUUCUUUCUUAGAUUUAUUAACACUAAUGUAACUUCACUAUCAUUCUUAUAUCAGUAAUGUUUGAAACAAAUCUGAAAAAAUAGAUAGAAGUUACGAUAUAUUUAGUGCAAGCGUAUCUUUCGCAGAUAUCAAGAAAAUAAUUAAGCAGUUAAUUAUUCAUUGUAAUAAUAAUAGGUUUCGAUAUUCAAUUCACUGAAUUUCUUCAUUUAAUCGCUUCCAGUUUAACAUGGUUGUUCGUACGGUAAAUCAAUUUUUUAUUACGUAUUAUACGUUUGUAAUAAAUGUUUUGUAACUUUUAUAUACAUUUUCAGAUUGCUACAAAAUUUUAUCAAUAUAAUUAUAAAAGUCUUUUCUCGUUAAGGUGGCGAUGAAAUUUCAAAAUAUUUUACAUAACACGUGCGAUAUGGAUAUAGGGGUUUCCUAUGGUGAAUUGUUCGAAUACUUUCGCGAUGUAAGUUUCGCUUUUUUACUUUCAUAUAGAGUUCUUCAUCGUUGUGGCCAGGCGAUGCUGAAAUUUCUCUGUUGUAAGUGGAAGAGAUUCUUGAGGAUGUUCUAUCAUCGUAUGACUUCGAGAUUCCAUCGUAGUCCACGAGAUUCUUUCGUCACGUUAUUCGUCGAAAGAAUAAGAGAAAUAUUCGAUCUGCCGGCGAUCGUUCGGCCCUUUGUUCGCCUCUCGCUGGCGAUUAUUAAAAUUUAUUGGUUUAUCGAGCAUGAUGACCCUCGCUCGGCAGAACGUAAGGUCGAAGGAUUAAGAAAGGUCGUUAACAGGGUCACCUUUAUCCUCCAUCGCGUGCUAGAAAUACUUGAAUAAUUCUACGCAAUACGUUACAUAAGGUGUCGUAACCCGUUUGAUGUUUCUGCAUGCAGUUUCAUCUUCCUUUCCUCUUAGAAAAUGAUAAAAACAAGGACAUUAUAAGACAACAAUUUGUGGAAGAAAAUUUUCUGGGCGAUGCUCCUCUGGAAUUCUAAAGUCUUCCUAGAAUCAUAGCAAAUCUUUCGUCUUGAAGUAUUCAUAUUUUAUCGAAUUUUUAGAAAAAAAUGUCUCGUUUCAAAGUAAAUCGUAAACAACAGGAGGGGAACACAUUUUUGUUAAUUUGUUGAUUUUUAAUAUCCUUAUGGGUCGUUUUAAUAUAAAAUAGGUAAAAGUGGAAAGAACCUGUCAGAUCCAGCCAAAGGCAAAAUCGCUACAACAAACGCUGUUUUAAUGUUUAUAUUUAUAAAUAAUAUUUUAAUACUCGGAUAAACAAUAUUGUCUAAAUUAUGAGAAGGACGAAAAACUACAUUACGUUCAGCCUGAAAAUCAAAUAAAAAGAGAAUACUCGUAGCACAGGUUUUAUCGACAACAUUGUAUUAUACUAAAUUUUUAAACCGUUGCAUUGUAAAAUACGAAAAUCGUGAUUUAUCGUAUACGCUUCGUCUACGCACUCCAAUUAUUUUGUAUAUUUCUAGAAAGAAAUGUUUCUCGUAUAUACAGGGGAUUCCCGGUAGAACGAUUCUGUUCUAUUUGCUUUUCAUUCCGCUUAUUAAGCGCGGUCACAAAUUUUGCUCUUGAUCCUCUUAUCGGAUCCAAUUCGGUCCGGCGUCUUAUCGGCCUACAAAAAUUCCCGUCGCGGUGCAAGGACUUCAUCCCAAGGAAUGAUUUCCUUAAUCCGCGGCUAGGAAAGAGAAAGAAAAAUAGAAGGAAAAGGGAAGAGGUCUCGGUAGUCCAUUGUCGUCGGCGAUUUUAAAUCGUAGCGAGUCAAUUAAUCCGCGCGGUCCUCCUUCCUGAAUGUUGAAUAACGGUUGCCGACGUGUAUUAAUUGGAACUCGAUGAGAGGAUUAAGGACUAAGUGGCCGGCUGACCUUUUCCUCGAGAUGUCUACCUUUUUCACCGUUUCACAUCGCUGGGUUCUGCUUUCUUUCUCUCUCUCUCUCUCUCUCUCUCUCUCUCUCUGUAUCUUUCGUUUCGACGAACAAGCUAUCAUUAACUUUUUCUUACCUGGUCGAUGAAAAUAAGAAGAGAAGAGGAAACGUAAAAAUUAAUUGCCGAUCGAAUGUUAGAUCGUCGACUGGGAUCGUUAUGAACAAAGAUGGAGCAGUUCGGCGUGGAAAGUAUAAGAUUUUGAAAUCUGGGACAAAGUACGGCCAUUUCUCGAGGAAGAUCUCGAGUCAGUAGUAACGAGAUACUUCAUUCCAGUUCCUAUCUACUUUGCUUUCGCGAAAGAAUCACGAUAUUUCUGGAUUCAAUUGCAGCUUCAAUCCGUACAAAAGUCACCCCUGUACUUUAACAGAUUUCGCUCGAGGACCUCGAACCCCUUUCCAAAGACGCAAACGAUUUCGAAGUUUUGCUGGAAAAUAAUUUGCCAGCUGCUCGCUGAACAAACAUCGACAUGCUAUCUCAAAGUCGACGAAGCUGUCCCAAAACGUUGCCCGCUCGUAAGUUCAUAGAGUUGAACUCUUCGUUUCACGAUAAACUAGCUGCGGCCGGAAGUUCUGGCUCUGCAGAGAGGAACCUGCCUUCCUGAAAGCGCACGGAAUACUGAUAGGAGCUCGUGUAAACCUGUAACACUCCCUAUCACACCUUCCUCUUUCGUCAUUCACCCCAAACACUGCGAUUAUUCUAGAGAACCACCGUUGGCUGUUCGAAACCAUUAAAGAAGCAAAUUUUUCGUAAUAAUCAAAAAUACUCUAAUAGAAUAUUCACAGAUUAUUUCUAAUAAACACCGCGAUGGCUCGUUGAAUUUUCGGUUGGACGAAUAGCAAGAAAUUUAUGGAGCUACUAAAAAAGGAAAAAAAAUAAUAAUAAAAUUGUACGAGGAGGAUACAGGUACAUAAAGAGGAAUAUUGUCGAAGUGUCUACAAGUGUUCGAAUAAUUUCGUGGCCUGUGUAAAUCCUUCGAGGACCGUGGCAGGGGUUAAAGAGGGGUUGUAGUUACAUAAAGACGACGAAGAAGUAUACUUGAGCAACCGAGGUAUUUAAGCAGCCAGGGUUAAACAGGGGUCGUAGUUACAUAAAAACACACUCAAGUGUACUUGAGAAACCAGGGUAUCUAAGCAACUAAGGAUUAAACAGGGGCUGGUAGUUAUAUAAAAACACAUCGAAGUGUACUUUAACAGCCAAGGUGUUUAGUCUCUAGAAUAGUCGAUGAUGAACCUUUUCCCCGUAUUGCGAAACGCCGAACGAAAAACGGGGCCGGCCAGGUGGCUGCUACUUUCAGCUGCUGCUAAAACGUGACCCGACACUAGAUUAUCGGCCGUCGUGAUUGGGUAUUCGUUCGAAAUAAAUGGCCGCUAAUGGUAUUUCUGGUAGGUGUCUCGGCCGAUAAUGCGCGUAUCCGGUGCAGCUAGCAUUAAAGCGACGAAAACAGCGCGUUGCUAGCCACUUCGUUGCCUCUGUCUCGCUAAUGAUUCAACGUUUUAAUCGUUCUCGUCAAACUGUCCACGUCUGCGAGCGGAUCAUCGCCGUUUGGAUCACGUACCACCGGGAUAAGGCAUUCUAGACGAGCAACGUCGCGCAUGCAGACGAUGCAACAACGAUGGUGUGCGUCGUCGUCCGCUGAGAUUGGCCUUGCCUAGAGAUUUCAGAGCUCACCUCCGACACGAAGGGAAAGACUCUAAGUCGCUGGGCACAAGUGUGACCGUUGUCCGCGAAAAAUGGAUAACGGUGAAAAUUCUGCAGGGCGAAUGAGGAUAUCAGCCGAUGACAUUCGUAUUACAAUUUCAACAAACAGACACUAACUUGGCGAACUCGAAGAAGUCGGCUAGUCAAGAUCGCCUUGAAUAGAAGAUUCAUAUCUUGCGGAUCUCCUCGUACCGGUGGACCAUGGUACGCUAUUUAAGGAGAUGAUAGCCAACAUACAUUGAAGAGCCUGCUGGAACUGAGAGGAUUAUAUCUCCUACGUCAUGGAGGAACACGUAAACCAGGCUGCGAACUCGUCCACCGACGGGUUGGCGUUCACCGAUGCCUCGAUCAUCCUCAGGGCUCUGGUCCUUGGUCUCCUGAUACUCGUCACCGUUGUUGGGAACCUGUUCGUGAUAGCAGCGAUUCUGCUCGAGCGAAAUCUACAGUCAGUGGCGAAUUAUUUGAUCGUCAGUUUGGCUGUCGCUGAUCUUAUGGUCGCUUGCCUGGUCAUGCCCCUUGGAGCAGUUUACGAGAUAAACUCGGGAUGGUCGUUGGGGCCUGAGCUUUGCGACAUGUGGACCAGCAGCGACGUCCUCUGCUGCACUGCCUCGAUAUUGCAUCUGGUGGCUAUCGCGGUCGACAGAUAUUGGGCAGUCACCGAUCUCAAUUAUAUACAGGCAAGGAAUCCACGGCGGAUCGGUAUGUUGAUCGUCGCCGUCUGGUUGGUGUCCUUAGGAAUCUCGUUGGCACCUCAACUUGGCUGGAAGGAUCCUGAUUAUUUGGACCGUAUAGCGGAUGGGACGUGUCUCGUGUCGCAGGACCCUGCAUACCAGAUUUUUGCCACUUGCACCACUUUCUACCUGCCACUGCUCGUUAUUCUAUUCCUGUACUGGAGGAUAUUUCAGGCGGCACGAAAGCGAAUCAGAAAGAGACCAGGAACUAUCGUGCAACCACCUCGUGAAAGAAGAGGCAUCCUUAGACUCGUCACAAGAAGACCGAGGGAGGAGUCAACAGCGUUCACCAUAACAAGAUCCACGCCGGACCAUUCGUCGAUCUCGCCGGAGAAGUCGUCGUCGUACAACGGCGCGAACGCGACGCAGUCGACCACCGUCACACCGUCAACGGUGUCAACGACAACGACUACCACGACGACCACCGUCACCAAUCCUUCUAGCAGCCAUUCGACCUCCUCGAGCAAGAGAACACGCGAGACGAUCGAGUCGAAACGCGAGAGGAAAGCUGCGAAAACGCUCGCGAUAAUCACCGGGGCGUUCGUCGCGUGUUGGUUGCCUUUCUUCUUGGUCGCGUUGCUUCGUGCCACGUGCGAGGCCUGCGAGCCACCGGAGCUAAUAGCGAGCGUCUUCCUGUGGCUGGGCUACUUCAACAGCACCCUGAACCCUGUGAUAUACACGGUAUUUUCACCAGAGUUCAGGCAAGCCUUCAAGAGGAUGCUUUGCGGUGGUUCCAGGAUAAUUCGCUGACAGUGGAUUUAAAUUCAAUGAAAAAUGAAACGCGACAAGAGAAUGAGCAGUGUGCGAGUGAGUGAAAUUGAACAGAUGCAUGGAUGAAUGAUGAACUAUCAUGUUGUACAUAAAACAGUUACUAUUAAUUCCUUCCUCUCCUUUGGAAUAGUUCAAGUGCUACGUUCAAAUGCCGUAUCGUACUUAGGCAAAUCUUAGAGAUACCGUAGAAAUUUGUCCCCUGAAAGAUUCCGUUGGAACGACGAGUUUAACGGCCAUUUGGAUGCUAAUCGAGGUUAACACUUUCGCUGCUAUUGACGUAUAUUGUGUGCCGAUUUAAUUAUCUAAGGAUUAGCGGAUCCCGUCGACGCACACGGUACGUCGCUCUGAUUAUUUCACAGUACGAGGCUCUACUGGCGCAAUUGCUGAGCUUUCGCGUGUUAUAGAAUGACCUAAAAAGACUAGAGGAAAGCGUGGAAUAAACAAAUAAUUGUUACUCAAGAUAAGGACGCUUUCGAUGAAGAAAAAUUUGCAAUUCCAGAAAUGGACAAGUAAUAUUUAAAUACAUAGCAGCGAAUGUGUUCAAAAUUUACACGUAGUCGACGUUGCUCGGAAAAGUUUCCCGCGCAACGACGCGAUUUUUAGAAACUAAAAGACACUGUGCGUGGCCGAUUCGACGGCUGUUUCCAUCGAAACGACUGUUUCUAAUAUAAUGCUGCAUCUUACGCGAAGAAUCCCGUCUUUAAAAUAGCUCUGUAUUCCUCGGAUAUGUCUAACGAUAAAAUAAAGAUACUUUAACUACUAACGUUUAAUUAACGACUGGAAGGACCGCCAAAAUACUUUCGAACAGAAUGGGGCGGAUCAAAAGCGGAGAAACGAGAGAGCGAUUGAAAUCUCGGAUUGGUGGAUUACCAGUGACCCAGUUGACGCCUUUACGAUAGUUCCGAUCGAUUAUUUCAAGAUUUCAAUGAAGGGAACGUCGUCUAAAUAGAAUUGUCUAGUAACUUAUGCUUUACGAUUAACGUACGAUGAAACAGGAAAAUUUCAUUCGAUUUACUGUAAUUCCUAGAUCCACAGAAAUUGCUGGUGAUUUAAUUAGACGAUACGUCAACGAUCUAUUGUGUGAUCGAUAUAUUAUGUAAAUUAGAACUAUCGUAUAUUUACCGAGGCACGUCGAGAGGAAAGGUAAUUAAAGUCGAUUAAUUUCUCCUGAUUGCUCGAAUCGUUCGAAAUAUUGGCGUCACGAAUAACGUAUACGCAACAACUAUCGCGUACAUAUGUAUAAACGUUCAUUUUUUUUCGUUGCUGCUCACAAAAUCGUUCUGAGAUCGUCUUAAAAAAAAAAUAAAAAAAAAAUGAUAUCGAUUAAAGAUAACAUAGAGUUAGGUCAUCGACGAUGAAAAUAGAUCGUCGAUUUCUCUUCAUCAAAAAAGAAAAAAGAAGUAAAAAAAAAAAAAUGGUAUCGUAGUUUCCACUGAUGUUCCAUUGAAUUCGUGAGUCAGAACGACGCGUUAACGUCGUCCUGUUGUAAAUACUAUGGCGUUUCUAUAGCAAAUAAUCUUCCUUCCCUAAGGUAUUUAAAUGAAUCGGUGAUAAAUAAAAAGGCGGCCAGGUCGAUCAGCUUGCGCCAGCUAGUUCGCAUCGUUGUUCUCGAGUAGCAGGUGAUCGAAAUUUUGCGCUUCCGUGUCGCGUUCGAUUGCUCACGAUUUCGAUUUGGCGUGGGGCACGUCGGAAGAGACCGUCUUCCACGCUCUGUUAAUGUUCCACGAUCGUGCAUACACAUCUGAAUCGUGUUUUCUUCGAAGAAGGGAACACUUUUUAUAGGCUGCUUGAUUUUAAAAAAAUUUUUCACCGAAUAAUUGGUUCCUUCCUUCUUUCCAAUUUCCUUGAUAUCUCAGUCGUAAUUGUUAAUAAUUCACUGCAGCUUUAGCUUUAAUCAAAUUUUUUAUUAAAUGCCUCUUCCUUUCCUUCCGCAUAUUUUCAUUAAUAUUUCGAUCGAUCGCGCUCUUUGUGUAAUUCUUUGCACCUUUAAUUUUAUCCUUAAUAUGUUUAAACGUUUAUGUGAUUUUCCAAUGAAUAAGUUUUCCUUUCUUCCUGAAUAUUUGCGUUAAUAUUCAAUUAUAACAUAUAUUCGUCUCGUUCUCUCCGUAUGGUGGUAUAAUAAAAACGGGACGAAUCAAUGUUUCAUUUGAUUCUACAUUUUUUUUUCUUUUUUGUAGUUCCCUGUCCUUUCAAUCUUUUAUCGUAAUUUUAUAGCACAACGUUUUACCGAACACUUUUUCCUUCUCCUCUGAAUAUUUAUGAUAAUAUUUCAAUUGACUCUGCAUCUGUUUAUUUUAAUUCCAUGCACCCUUUGCUUUUCCCUUCCAUUUCAACGACGUAAUUAUUCUACUUAUUUUUGCAUCAGUUUUCUUUUAUCGAGUUUCCAAAAUCUUAUAUCCAGACACGUAAAGUGACAAGCUACGUGUUCGCAAAUCGUCAGAAGAUUGUAUCAACGAUCGUCCAAUAACGCCUUACUAUGUACGAAUGCAUACUCUAUCUACUAGCGAAUUAUCGUCGUUAUAUCAGCGUUCGGUGGUAGACCCUUCGAACUCUGUAGAGCAAUGCGAAGAUCGAAAUAAAAAUAAGAAACAGCGAGAUGAACGAAGAAAACGUAUACUAAGCGACUGUAGUACAGAAAUGUGUACUACUUUUCCGGCGAUUUAACUAGCUUAAGAUUGCGCCCUUUUUCGAUGAUGCAAUAUUAAAAUAAACGAGGUCGAGGAGAAGUCCCAUGGUGUUCGAAUGUGGCGUAAAAACGUGCGAAACGUACAUACGUUUUUAAAAAUGAGAGGCGAGGAAACACGAGACGAGAAACGAAAAAAUACCAGAACGUUUACAACGAUGCUUCGUAUGUAUAUUAUUUCUUUGCAAUCACUGAUGUAAAUAAACGCAACAGUUUGAAAAA